AUGUUGAUCUUACACUGUCUUUUUAUCUUAACCAUUAUUCCAUCUGUUACUCUCUUUGGUCAGCCGUUAUUCACUAAUCAAAUUAUUGAUACAUUAACACGAGCUUUGCAGUUCUUCUCUUCACAUGUUCAUGAAGUCAAUCUUGAUGCAGGUAUCGGUACACGUAUGGCUGCCGAUCAAUUACGAUCUUAUACAAUGUGUCGACAUUGUCAAUCUGUUAAAGAUCUUGUUGAUUUAAGUGAGUAUGUCACGUGGAAAAUCGAUCAGUCGGUCCGUCAACGUCAACCGGAGUACUAUGCGAAAGUAUCAUUUCUGAUAAAGCCUGGCAUGUAUUCAAAUCUUGUACCGUUCAAAUACCGUCAAAAUAAAAACAAGAUUUCGAUUGAAGAGACAUGUUCAUCAUCGCCGUUCAUUGAAAAAUAUUCCGAUGAAUGUCUUCAUUCGUUGAUGAUUGGAAAAUGUAAUCAUACGGGCUCGUGUACACGAUUAAUGAGUGAUCCGUAUGCAUGUCGAUACUCACUUACACAUCAAAUAUUUUACUCGAUAAUUGUCAAGAAAUCGGCAUGUUUUGAGCAUCGGUUAUCAGCACGUCAAGAUCAUCGAUUAAUUUCGAAAAUGUUAUUAGAAAAUCAUCAGAUCGCUGCUGGACAUUUUCAAGAGACUGACCGCGACUUAUUUAUGGAACAAAUUGCCUUUGGUGGUUUAGUUGGAUGGAAGGAAUUCUUUGAGAGUGAAAGUUUCUUUCAGACAAUCAUCGAUUGGCAACAUCCAACUGAAGGUUGUUAUGGAAAUGAUACAAAUCCUUUGAUGAUUAAUAAGCGUGAGGAAAUGCAAAUGGCUCAACAUUGUCUUAGUCAUCGAACAAGUGUGGCAAUAGCUGCACUGUCGCAAAUGCUUCGAUAUCUGUUGUCUAGAGACAUCUAA